AUGGAGCCGCGCAAAAGAAAUCAUCCCCAUACUCGAAGAGAAUGGGAGGAGGAGAUCCGGCCUACCUUUACGGCGCUCUAUCGCGAUCAGAAUCUCAAGCUGUCAGAGAUCGUGGAUAUCAUGAAGGCACAGGGGGUUCGAGCAGAGGCAUGCCAUUACAAGACAUAUAUCAAAAAUUGGGGACUCGACAAGAGGAACAAGCAAUCUGACAUGUUAUUUGCCUUUCAGAAGCUUCAAGAACGGCAUGGGAAGGACACUAUCUUCUCGAUUCGAGGUCAGAAACGCAGCCGACAUGAUGUCGAACACUACUGGAAGCGGAGGCGGCUUAAUCCAGCAGAAUUCUCUCCCGCGACGCCUGGUGGCGCCACAUACCGCACCCCAAGCCCAUGUCCUGAUAGAGAUGCUUCUGCGGGCGACACAGAGCAUCCUGUGGAAGGAAUCCUCAGCUCCACUCUUGUCCGAAGUUCGAGCCCUGAUCUCGCCCGGAUGAACAGCCAGCUAUGGCUCGUAACCUCUCGGCCAACCGGUGUUCGCAUACUCAAUUCCCCUGACUCACUCAGGCUGCAAGACCAGGCACUUCAUUACGCCAGACUGUAUUUCCAGGUCUGUGCUGAAGACGUGGCUCACGACGAGAAUCUCAGUAUCUGGCAAGAGGCAGCCACCAUAGUGAGCGAGUUCAGGGUGAGGCUUACGAACCUAUUGGUAGCUAUGGAGUACCGCCAUUCACGGGUCAACGCGGAAUCUGCUCGGCUUGACAUGGACGAAAUCUUGCCCAAACUUGCCAUGAUUCCGCCUCUGCCUCUGAUGGCGGCCAUGCUAUCUACGGUGGUCCAUUGCAACGAAUUCGGACAAGAAAAGGUUUCAAAUUGGGGUACAGCGCUCAGUCGUCAGAUCAUGAGCGCAAUGGCCGAGCUGCAUAUUCAAGGCCGUUCCCUGUUCAUGGCCCUACAGGCAGCCAGUCGAUCAUCCAGCGUCGCAAAAGAAUUGUCACACCGACUAUUGCUGGCGGGGAACGACAUCCUAGCCCGUCGUCUUGGUGAGCAGCACGAGGAGAGCUGCCGCCUGCUUUCGGUCAUGGUGGAAGCUGCUAUCGCUCUUGCAGAUAAGAACGCAGCUCUCCGGAGUGCCAAAGACCUCUUUCGGAUUCAGUUGUGGAAAUACAAUACCAAUACGACUGAGGAUAAUCUCAUUAACCUCUUGCUGGCCAAGAACUAUCUUAUCGAAUGUCAUAUCGGGCUCGAAAACUUUAGCGAAGCCCAGAAGCUGAUCGGUGACGGCCUCCGCAUCUGCAUCCACGGUGGGCCUUCAGGCUGGCGGGACGAAUUCCAAUCGAAGUUCCACUUGGCGCAGUCCGUUGUGGAAUUGGGAAAAGAUCGCCUGGUAGCAGCAGCUGAGUUCCUGACCAAGGUGCUUACCAUGAGGCUGCGAUCGCACGGAGCUGGAGAUGGCGUGGCUGCGAUUGCUGCGGAGUGGCUUAAACGGAUCUUUGAAGACCAGAGAACGAAAGUGCAGGUCUUGAGCGAUGAGGAGGCAGGUUUUAACCCACAUGGACAAGAGAACGUUCUUAAUGCCGAAGUAGAGGAUGGCAUUGUAAUUGAUGAGGAAAGCCACCGUGUCGCUGAACGGGAAAGGGUUUGGGGGGACGAAAUCGGCCCGCCAAGCCAAGAGGCCAGCGUGGGCCUAAUUUCUCAGCAGAAGGGAGACUCUGAUGCUGGAGUCGGCAAUGCCGGAGUAGCAGCACCCAUGGCGGAGGUGCGUCAGGGACCGUGGUUCAUCCCACAAGAAGAGAGAGAGAUGUGGAGCGACGUGCAAGCAAAAGAAUGGGCCCAGCAAGGCGGACAAUCACACCAGAUGGACUGGACUGAUUACUUCGAUACUUGGUGA